CCCCGCUGCGCUCCGCAGCCAUCCCCGCGGCUCCUCCCGCGUCGCGCCGCCACCGCGUCACAGCCGGGGGGCGGCGCGCCGAGGCGAGGCCGUCGGAGCCGUCGGCGAGGGCCAUGUGGCGGCCGCCCGCCUCGCUGCCGCCCCAGCCGGCGGCGGGGGAGGCGGCGGCGGCGCUGCGGCGCCUGGCGGCGUUCUUGGGUCGCGCCCUGCCGCUGUGCCGGGCCCACGCCACGCAGCUGUACGCGGCGGGGCUGUGGCAGCGCCUGGUGGCGGCGCCGCCCGACGCCGUGCUGCGGGCGCUGCGGCGCCCUCUGCGGGAGCCCUCCGGUGCCGCCGGGGGGGCGUGGGAUGAUGACACAUUUUCCAACGUGUUUUGUGAAAACUCUAAGAAACUUAUCAAUGUACACUUGUUUGCCCUGGCCGUCAAAUAUUAUUCUUUGUCUCACCUUGGAGUGUGUACCCCACUAGAAGAGCUACUUAAAGCACUGGGAGGAGACAACCAAGGAUCAACUGGUAUCAAAACUGAUGAGUUUAUGAAUAAUAAGAAAUCACAUGAAGUGCAAGUGAUGUCUGAGCUUGUGGACAAAAUAGCAAAUUACUGCGGUAUAAAACAGGUGAUUGAUAUAGGUUCUGGAAAGGGCUACCUGAGUUCAUUUUUGUCCAUGCAAUAUAACUUAAAAGUUUAUGGAAUUGAUUCCUCAAACAUCAACACCAAUGGUGCUCAUGAAAGGAACAGGAAAUUGAAGAAACACUGGAGAGCUUAUCAGAGUCGAGCAAGAGCAAAUCCCAAAAGCCAGAGAUUAGAAAAGGCAAAUGACAGUCCAGUGCAAAAUGAAAUUAAAUCUAAAGCAGUCAAUGAAAGGACCUUAAAUAACAGCUGUCUUCAAAGUCAAGACCAAAGGACUACCCAAGACUUAGUUCCUUCUUGUGUUUUCACAGAAGUAACUACAUCUGAGACCAGCAAACAAACAGAAAUUGAUUUGGUGGCUCAGGCACAAUGCAAUGAAAGUGAACUUUCUGAAGAGGCUCUUGCUAUUCUCAAUGUUCUGCCUGCUGAUGCUGUAGAAAUUUUUUCUUCCUCCCAGUGUAACAGUGAGGAGCUCUGUGAAGAGGAAAAGGCCCAAAGAAAAAUGGCAUCUAUCAAAGCCAAAGCGAGCAAGUCAAGUGAAUCAAACCUUUAUUUUCCAUUGACUUCCUACAUCACUGCAGAUACAGAACUUGGUGACAUCAUAACAGAUUUGGAGGACUGUAUAAUGGUGGGUCUGCAUACAUGUGGUGAUCUUGCUGCAAAUACACUACGAAUAUUUACUGCCAAGCCUGAAAUCAAAGCAGUUUGCAGUGUAGGCUGCUGCUACCAUCUGUUAUCAGAACAAUAUGAAAACCAAGAAGACUGCACAGAGGAAGUGUGGGGAUUUCCCAUGUGUCAGUACUUGAAGGACAAGGGCUGGUGUUGUGGUCGCAAUGCUAGAAUGUCAGCAUGUUUGGCUUUGGAGCGAAUUGCAGUUGGCCAAAUGCUGCCUACAGAUUCAUUGUUUUAUCGAGCUGUUCUUCAAGUUAUUAUAGAAGAAAAUUACGGCGUCACCAAAAGUGAACGACAUGUUGGGAAAAUUUUCUCCAAAUCAUCCUCUUUCUUGGAUUAUGUCAGAAAGUCUCUGAAAAAACUGGAACUGGAUGAUUCAAAGCUCCCAGACAGCUGUAUAAUGGAUUACUAUGAAAAAUACAAGCACAGAAUGAACGAGCUUGAAGCAUUUAAUAUGUUAAAGGUCGUGCUGGCUCCCUGCAUAGAAGUUUUGAUACUUCUGGAUCGUCUUUGCUACCUCAAGGAGCAGGACAACAUUGCCUGGUCAGGACUUGUGAAGUUAUUUGAUCCUGUGAAAUCCCCCAGAUGCUAUGCAGUUAUUGCUCUGAAGAAAUAGUCAUGUUUUUAAGAGGAAGCAAAUUGCAGAUAGGUUGAAAGCUCUGAACUGAUACUGCUAUUUUCUCAAUGUUGUUUUUAAUUGAUUCCUCAAGUAUACUGAAGUGUUUGCCAACUAUUUACUUCUCAGCUGCAAAAAUAAAAAAUGCAAUGCCUCUGUGAAUCAUGAGAAAUAAAUAGUGAGCCGUACCUCCUUUAUAAAUACCACUGUUUCCUCAUGGCAGUUAUUAAAUAAUGUUGAACAUUUGGCUUUAUUAUAAAAGUUAUGAGCUAUGUUAUGUGAUGAGUAUUUUAAAAUAAUGUAAAUAUUUCUUCCUUUUAAGGCAUUAUCUAUUGAUACCUGUCAUCUUGAUAUUUUAAAUCACAAGUUAAUUCUUUUAUAAAACUUACAAUUUUUUCCAAUGGCUGGCAUCAGCAGUCUCUGACUAGCCUUGCUUUUUUCUUUUCUGGAUUUCUUAGUUUAAGCAGAAAAUUAACCUGUACUGUAGACAAGACGUGAGUAGACUUUGUACUUCUCUGUUCUUCAUGUCAUCAGAAGCAGCUUGUUAUAGAGCAACCUUGCAGAGACUAGAACCUUCUGAGUCUAGAUAAAAAAUACCCACAGAGUGGUUUUAUAUUAACCCUUUCUUCCUUCAGGCAUGUUCCUAGCCUGACAGGCAAGAAACUGUGUGUGCUCUAGUCCAGUGGAUGCCAAUGUUUAAGAAUCAGUUGCUGUGCUGGGGUUCACUCUCUAAUCCUUGGGCUUUAUCAGAAAGCUAUUAUCUGGGCCAAAUGUGUUGGGUAUAAAUAUAAAUCUUUGGUGAGUGGAAACUUGCUAGGCAGUUUCUGCCUGGUUGUACUGACUUCAUGAGUGGGAAACUUACUUGUUGAUGCCUUUAUCUCAAUGGGUUGCCUCAAUAAACUUGCAGAUGUUCAAUCAAUUAAAAAAGAGAAAAUUUUCUAUUGUAACUUCUAGUGCUUUUACUAGAAUUUUCCACUGAAUAUAAAACAUAAUUAACUACCAGUGCAUAGAAUAAAUAAAUAAAUAAAUAAAUAAAUAAAUAAAGGACAACAAAUAGAUAAUAAAAUACUGAAUAAAGAAGAAAAGGAAGAGUGCAACUUUGGUGGGCAGAAGAUGAGAAUAACAAGAAAAUGUUGUAUAUGAAUUCUAUAGUGAAAGUAAUAGCCAUAAGAAUCAAACUGAGAUUCAGAUCUUAGUAGGAAUAAAUCUUUUUCAGACUGCAAAAUAUAAUGAGAGCUUGUGAACAUGGUCAUUCAAUAAAGGAGAAGUAGGAUAUUUUUCUAAUAAGCCACAUCUCUCUUGAUGUAUUCACUUGGAAGAAAUGCUUUUUUAGUAGAGUAGUAAGUUCACUACUGUCUAUUUUAGGACUCUCAGUCCUUGUUAGCUCCAUGAAUCCAGUACGAGCUUCUCAUAUUUAUUUAGUCCCGGUAGGUUCAAUCCUUAGAGCUGUUGAACACCUGCAAUACCCAAGGAAAUUAACAGAAGUUGCAGGUGCUCACAGCAUCUCUGGAGUGCAGCUAAGAAAAGAAAAAGGGGCCUUCCAUAUACGAGAUUUUUUGUUAUAUAGGGAGUAAUGAGGUAACUAACAACCUGGUAGAUUCUUUACCCAGGAGAGGCAUCAAAAUAAAAAUCUUUAAGCAUCUGGAAGGAAAAAAAUGAAUAGUAUACAGUAUAAGAAAGCAAUCUAAAGUAAAUAAUAAUUAAAAAAAAAAGAUGAACAAAAAUGUAAGAAAUUAGUUAUUAUCAUGUUUUGCUAAAGCAUGAUGACUAAUUAAUGAAGUGUUAAGAGUCUUGUCAUCUCAACCUUGUGUGCUGUUGGAAAAAAAUAACUUGGGGAUCAAAUUGCCUUUUUUGUGUUAUGAAUUGACUCUUCUGUUUUUUUCAGCCCAAAUAGUAAAAGCUGGACAUAUAUGAUAUCCAAAUAAUGGUAGCACAGCUAUUCACUGCAAGCAAGUGCUUAAAUGUACCCAGUCAUAGCAAAAACUAGUCAUUUCAGCAAGCUCUGCCUGGUUUAAUUUGAACACAGACCAAAUUACGUAGGAUAUACUGACUGUUGUUAAUUGCGUAUGAUAUUUUGAUAUAUAUAAUGAUAUCUAAAUCCAGAGUUAAAUUCUUAUUACUAUUUUAAGAAGACGUUUGGAACAGUUUAGAAUAGCAAGCACAUCUCUAGGAUUAGCCCAAAUGCUUUUCCAUGAAUUCAAAAAGGUCUGAAAAAUUUGGAUGUCCCCCCAGCAACUUCUCAGGCUUUUUCAUUACUUUUCACACAAUUUGCAGUCUGUGCAGGCAAAGACAGAGGCAAUGUGCUUCUUAGAAUAAUAACUAUCAAGACAUUUAUAUGAAGAGUUUGCAUGCAGCCAAAUCAGUUGCUGUCUGCUUUCAAAGCUGUUUCAAGGCUUGAGAUGCCUGAAUACCUAUGAGGUACUGUUUACAUAAUGGAAAAAUCCCCAGCAGUAAUAAAAUUGAAUAAAACAAUUUUUCUUUGUGGUUAUUGCCAGAAGUUCUUCCAUAAUGCAAACAAUAUCUUAAAUAUGAUGAAGUCUUUUGAUAGAAAAGAAUCUGCAUUUCCUUUUACUGUGACAUUGAGCUAUGAAUCUUGAUAUACUCCCUAAAGAAUUGUGGAUAUAUGUGCUUUCCCUCAGGUGCUUGCCUGAUUCUGUUUGUGGCAUAUCUGUGCAUUCUGUAGCAGAAAUUGAGUGAUUUAUUUAUUUUUCUUAGGGCUGAAAGCUAUUUUUGGAUGGAAGAACAAGAGGAUAUGUACACUAUGUGUGGAACCUUAAUAUCCGAGAGUAUGUAGUAGCCCUAAAAUCUCCAACUCUGCUUUUUUUUAUUAUUUUAUUUUAUUUUAUUUUAUUUUAUUUUAUUUUAUUUUAUUUUAUUUUAUUUUAUUUUAUUUUAUUUUAUUUUAUUUUAUUUUUAAUUCUGCGGUCCUAAUUCUAAUGCAGAGUCAUGCAUUAGAACAUCAUGUCAUAAAACAGUUUGCACUGAUCUAGUUUCUUUGAUUUUAGUUUCAAGUCUCUUUUUAAUUAUUUUUUCUUUAUUACAAAUUUUCUUCAUUGGCAUUAUUCAUUAAUUUAUUGCUAAAACAACGUCUGAUGUAAAAACUCUUUUUGCUAUGUCAUGAUGGAGUUAAAAUCUUGGGACUCAAAAUCUGUAUGUCAGUCUGCACAGAGUAAGCAUGUGAAAUUUAUCUGUCUUGGUGGCAGUUCUAUGUCCUUCUGAUGAUUGGAGUAUUCUUUCCUGUCAGUACUUACUGGUUUAGAUGUAUUUUUUCCUAAAAGCUUUCCAUAACUGUCAUUAUAUCGUCAGAGAUCACUGAUACUAGGACAGUUUUAAAAAAUAUAGAGCUGCCAUUUUAAAUCCCUUUUUCUCACAUGCUUUUUAUAUGAACUGAUAUAUGCCCUUCUUGUUACUUAUGACUAGUGCUCUGAAAGGAGUGUAAUUGAUGCUAGAAGAUGAACUAUGGAGAAAUUUCAGUUUCUGUAAUCAAGUCAAAAUGGAAGUGUAGUUGGUUGUCCAGACAUUUAAAUUGUUCACCUAACUCUUAGAACUUUGAGUUUAGUUUCCUUAGUUUCUGAUAUCUGUUCAAAUUCUGCAGUUUUCAAAAUUUCCAUGCUUCCUUCCAAGUGGGAGCGUGGCCUGAUUCUUUGGGAUCCAGCUGCUUGUCCGUCACCAUGUUCAUCUGAAAUAACUAACUCAGUUCAGUGGCUGUAAAUAAUUUAUCUCCAAACUACUGCUGAAUAAACCUAAGUUCUUUGAAUUUCCUUA